AUGGCGGACGGGUUGCUGCAGCGGUUCAGCACGCACGGUGUCACGAGCAGCACGCUGAUGCCGCCGGCGGCUGCGGUGGCCAGUACCGGGGCCACCCUGAGCCAGCGCAUCCACCACCUCGAGCUGCCGCCCGCACUGCUGGCCAGUGGCAAGUAUCCGGUCUACGGGCCGGGCAGCGGACCGGAAAUCUACGACGACGCCCCUACGGCCAGUGGCUACGGUUGGCCCGGGGCCGACGGAACCGGGCCGGGCGGAUUUUUGCCCAGCUUCCUGCCGUGGGGCCAACCGUCACACCCAGCGCCACCGCCGCCACCGCCACUGCCGCCACCGUACCCGUUGCACCGGGGACCGCACGGGAAGUUCGGCAAAGGGCUCCGCUUCCGGGGUGCGUCGACGGCCGUGCUGACCCUGCUGGCGUUUCUGUUCUUUCUGAGCAUCUUGCAGAACUACAUCCGGGACUACUCGGCGACCUCGCAGCCGACCGUGAUCGUCCUGUCGGCCGGUGCAACCAAGGAGAGUGGCCCCGCCCCGUACCACGGGGCGCCGUUCCGCCGGCAGCACAAUGCUGACCCGAUGGUGGCCAACGACGGUGGGGCCUCGGAAGACGACGACCGUGGCAGCGAUGAGCCUGCGGCUGGCUACCGGACCCGCGACAAGAACACGGGUGAACGACAUCAGCGUGUGAAGAUAAUCGACAGACAGGACAUCGCCGGUGCAUCCACCCGGCAGCCCAGUCCGGCACCGUUCGGGGAUAUCUUCAAGAUAAACGGACUCUAG